UUUCUCUUCGAGGCAACAACUUGGGAGAUCCCUUUCCUGCCCGAGGCAUGUCUAUCUUUAUGAGAGCUCCCAAAGAGAAUAUAUUAUCCAUCCUUAUCCUAUUCAUAUCUUCACAAGAAUUGUUUCAGUGCAGAAUUAACGGUGAUGAAAAACUUGGAGACGUUGGAUUUAAGCUAUAAUGAGCUUAGCUCCCUAACAAUACAAGAUUCUAAACUACUAUCUAAUUUGAGCAAGAUGAGACAUCUGGAUCUAUCUGACAAUGAUUUUGACAAGGAUGCCUUUGGGAUUUUGGGUGCUCUCCCAUCCCUUAAGUUUCUAUCCUUAGAAUUGAAUAGAAUCGAAGGACCACUUUCUAAUCAAGAAUUGACUUAUAAUCUUAGCAAUCUGGAGGUCCUCUUUCUCGGAUAUAAUCAGCUCAAUGGAACACUACCAAUAGAAGGUUUGACAUCCUUCCGCCAUUUGGAGAGCUUAGAUUUGAGUGGAAAUAAUUUUGCAAGUAUUCCUCCAUCCAUAGGAGCAUUAUCUUCUCUGAAAGCUCUAUUUCUGGCUAAAAAUAACCUUAAUGGUUCUUUGCCAAUUCAAGGUUUGUGCAAAUUGAAGAAACUUGAGGAGUUAGAUCUCAGCCAAAAUUGCUUUGAAGGGAUCCUUCCUCCAUGCCUAAGCAAUUUGACAUCUCUCAAGUUUUUUGAUAUUUCUUUAAACCAAUUCACAGGAAACAUUUCUUCAUCUCUGUUUGGAAGCCUCAACUCCCUAGAGUACAUUAGUCUUAGUCAUAAUCGCUUUGAGGGUUUAUUCUCAUUCAGGUCAUUUGCAAACCAUUCAAACCUUGAGGUGGUUGAAUUAAUAAGUGACAAUGACAAAUUUGAGGUAGAGACUGAAUUUACAGAUUGGAUUCCCAUGUUUCAGUUGAAAGUCCUUGUUCUAUCAAACUGCAAUCUGAACAAGCUCUCUGGCGAUGUUCCGAAAUUUCUCCUUUACCAAAACAAGCUAAUGGCCGUUGAUCUCUCCCACAAUAACUUGACAAGUUCUUUCCCAAACUGGCUACUAGUGAACAACACGAGGCUAGCAUAUUUAGCCCUGCAGAAUAACUCUUUUGUUAAUCUAUUUUUUCUGCCGCAAUACUGCUAUAUAAGUACUUAUGACAUUGAUGUCUCUGACAAUCACUUAAGUGGUCAAAUUCAAGCCAAUAUUGGGGAUAUGUUUCCAAAUAUUCAGUCCUUAAACUUAUCCAGGAAUGCUUUUGAAGGUGGUAUCCCAUCCUCAUUUGGUAAGAUGAGAGAGUUGUCUGUUCUGGAUUUAUCCAACAAUAAUUUGUCAAGGGAGGUGCCGAACCAGUUAGUUAGAAAUUGCAUAUCUUUGUGGACUUUAAAAUUAUCAUAUAACAAUUUUCGUGGUCAAAUAUUUUCAGUUGACUUCAACUUGACUCAUAUAAGGACUUUGCAAUUGAAUGAUAAUCAGUUUACAGGACCUCUCUGACAAAUGUGCUCUCCAAAUUGCCUAAAUUGUAUUUCCUUGAUAUUAGCAACAACUACAUGUCAGGUGAGAUUCCUAGUUCAAUGGAUAACAUGACAUCGUUAGGAACACUAAUCAUGCGAAAUAAUUCAUUCAAUGGUGAUUUCCCAUGUGCACUGGUUCCAAGUGUGUUUAUGGACAUCUCUUAUAACUCAUUUUCGGGAUCAAUACUUCCUUCUUGCUCAAACCCAAACCUACAACACUUGAAGCAUAUGCAUUUGCAAGGUAAUAAGUUUACAGGGUUAAUUUCAAGAGCUCUCCUUAAUUCAUCAUAUCUUUUGACUCUGGAUAUUAUAUUAGAGACAACUUCUUUUUUGGCAGCAUUCCUGAUUCCAUUAGACUACUGUCCAACCUCAGAAAUUCUUCUGUUCAGAGGGAACCAACUAAGCGGUUCAAUUCCAAUUCAAUUGUGUCAACUAAAUAAGAUGAGUUUGAUGGACCUUUCCAAUAACUAUUUCAAUGGUUCUAUACCUCCUUGUUUUGGGAAUAUCACCUUCGGCACAAUAAGGGCUAAUGACCUUGCCUUCAGUGAAAUGUCAAUGUAUUCUUUCUCCAGUGUGGGUCUAAAGUUUGGAGGCCUCUCAGACCUCAGUUUUUUGUACCAUUAUGAUCAUAGCAAUUAUGAUAAAGUAGACGAAGUUGAGUUUGUCACAAAAAGUAGGAGUAGCUCUUACAUUGGCAAAAUCCUUAAUAACAUGUCCGGAUUGGAUUUGUCAUGUAACGAACUAACAGGUAACAUACCUUUUGAAUUAGGAAAUCUAAGUAGUGUUCAUGCACUAAACUUGUCUCACAAUCUUUUGACUGGACCCAUCCCGAAGACCUUCUCUAACCUUAUCCAGAUAGAGAGUUUGGACCUUUCUUACAACAGUUUGAGUGGAAACAUCCCAACAGAACUAAUCAAUCUAAAUUUUUUGGAAGUGUUCACUGUGGCUUACAACAAUUUAUCAGGUAAAAUAUUAGAUAGCAAAGCACAGUUUGGGACCUUUGAAGCGAAUAGUUAUGAGGGAAAUCCAUUUCUUUGUGGACCGCCAUUGGAGAAAAGUUGUACAGCCAUUGUUGACUCACCACACUUGCCAAAAACAGUAUCCUUAGAUGAAACUGAGGGGAAAUGGUAUGAUAUUGAUCUAGUGGCAUUUUCUGCAAGUUUUGUUGGAACAUACAUCACUUUCUUGUUUGGAUUUGUUGCUAUUCUUUACAUCAACCCGUAUUGGAGACAAAGGUGGUUCUAUCUGAUUGAGGAGGGUCUGUAUUCUAGUUACUAUUUUGUUUCUGAUUCUCUUUGCAAGAUAUUACGCCUUUUGUAUUAGUAGCUAUGGUUUGUUUCCACGGACAAGUAUAGCAAAUGUUGUUUUCUGAUUCGUAACAAGCUAUUAGGCCUUUUGUAUUAUAUUAGCUAUGGUUUGUUUCCAUGGACAAGUAUGGCAAAUGUUGUAAUAGUGCUAGCUUUGUGUUGCUUAUGAAUGAAUAAAUUGAGACAUA